ACCAGAUGAGUAUCCAACUCGAAGCUCACAGUUCACACACCAGUACACCACCCGGCAAAACCAAGGAGAACGAAAAGGCUGCUGUAUUCUGCGCUCCAGCCGAGUAGAGAUCAAGCCACAAGGAACUUCUCAGAAUCUAACCUUGUUGGGAGAGGAAGCUAUGGUUCAGUCUAUAGAGGAAAGUUAAAGGAAGACAAAAUGGAGGUGGCCGUGAAGGUUUUCAACCUUGAGAUGCAAGGUGCAGAGAGAAGCUUCAUGUCAGAAUGUGAAGUACUGAGAAGCAUUCAGCAUCGGAAUCUUCUCCCCAUCAUAACUGCAUGCUCGUCAAUCAAUAACAACGGCGAUGAUUUCAAAGCUUUAGUUUAUGAGUACAUGCCUAACGGGAAUCUGGACACAUGGUUGCAUCCCAAUGGAGAGGGUAAAGCUCUAAAUAAGCGUCUAGGCCUAACCCAAAGAAUAAGCAUAGCCGUAAACAUAGCUGAUGCAUUGGACUAUUUGCAUCAUGACUGUGGAAGGCCCACUGUUCAUUGUGACUUGAAGCCUAGUAACAUCCUUCUAGAUGUUUAUAUGACCGCUCUUUUGGGAGAUUUCGGUAUUGCAAGGUUUUAUGCUGAUUCCUCGUCAACAUCAACAUGCUCAAUCAGUAUAAUCGGUUUGAAAGGUACUAUAGGAUAUAUUCCUCCAGAGUACGCGGGCGGAGGCCAUGCAUCAACUUCUGGGGAUGUGUAUAGUUUUGGAAUAGUGCUAUUGGAGAUGCUGACAGGCAAAAGACCAACACAUCCUAUGUUCAAGGAUGGACUUGACAUCGUCAACUUCGUGGAGAGCAGCUUUCCAGAACAAAUGUUACAAGUCAUUGAUCCUCAUCUCAUAGAUGAAUACAAUGACUUUUCUCAACAAAAGAUGGUAACAGAAAAUGUGUUCACCCAAUGCGUGGCGUCUCUGUUGCAGGUCGCGCUUUCUUGUACCCACGCAUUGCCAACAGAACGAAUGAACAUGAGACAAAUAGCCACCAAGAUGCAUGCAAUCAAGACGUCAUGUCUUGUACGGAAAUCUAAGAGUCUAUUUGAGAGAGCUUCAACUUUAAAAUUUUUUGAAGUUAGAUUUUUUAGUUCUAAAAGUUUGUGGUACUAGAACUAUAGAUACACUAAAGGUGUUUGUAUGAGCUAUCUUGUUUUUAUUUUAAACUAAAAAUAUAUGUUUAAACUACUUUAUUUUAGUAUACAAACUAUAUAUCUGAUGUGGAGCUGGGAGCUAGAGCUCAGUGAAAUAGAGCCUAAGUAUGCUAGCUAGAGCUACUUGUUUAACUGGAACUGUGGAGCUGCGGCACUGAGAGUUAGCAAUGGGUAUGUAGGAUUCUUUAUGCUCUGAUCCCCGAGAACGUUUUGAAGUCUCAAUCCAUUAUGUUGUUCAUUUUUUCUUUUUUUAAAUAAUUAGUGUACAAAUGUACAACAAGACUUUUUGGUGAAUAACAAAAUUACCUAAUAUUUGUAUA